AUGCCUUCAAAAUCAUCCGGAUAUCGCGAUCCAGUCACUCUCUCCCCUAUCCGAAAAGUCCACAUCGUCCUAGCAGGCAUAUUAUUCAUCUUCAACAGCGCAUUUGGUUCCUCCCUCCCAUCAGGAGCCCACGAUGCCAUAGCAGACUACUUCCACAUCUCCCGCACCGACACAAAAAUGGUUCUCCUGAACUCCCUCUACCUAAUCGGAUUCGCAAUUGGACCACUAAUCUUCGGACCAUUGAGUGAACACGUCGGCCGGAAGCCCGUUCUCGUCGGCACAUUCAGCGGAUACCUUAUUUUCACACUGGCCUGCGCACUGGCACCCAAUUUCCCUGCUCUUCUUGUCUUCAGAUUAUUGUCUGGGUUGAAUGCUGCAUCGCCCAAUGCCGUUCUUGGGGGGCUGUAUGCGGAUAUUCUGGAUGAUCCGCAUACGAGGGGGAUUGCGAUGGCGCUGUUCAUGGUUGUUACGGCUUUUGGACCACAGCUGGCGCCGCUUGUUUCGGGGUUCAUUUCUGUGGUUUCGUGGCGGUGGGCUUUUUGGGUUGGGUUGGCUGCUGGGGGUGUGGGAUAUCCGUUUAUUUUGUUCAUUCCUGAGACAUAUGUGCCUGUUUUGAAGAAGAGAUAUGCUCGGAAGAUGGGUCGGUUGGGGGAUGAGAUGGACAGGACGGAUGAAUGUGUGAAUGACACGGAACGAGGCCAUGAUACCGAUGGCAUCCUGAGUAUAUUCAUGCGACCGUUUAAAAUGAUUGUGAGAGAGCCGAUUUUGUUGUUUGCGUCGCUGUUCAUGGGCUUCACGUAUGCCCUGUUUUACCUCUAUUUCCAGGCAUAUCCACUCAUUUUCCAAGAUUUGUAUGGCUUGUCCCCUGGAAUGGCUGGGCUCGCAUUUUUGCCCGUCAGUGUGGGAGCAUUGGUAUCAUUCUCACUGUUUUUAUUAUAUGGAUCAUGGCAUUCAAAAGCCGUGGAACAAGGCAAGGAAUGGGCAAUGCAAGAGGAGUACCGGCGUCUCCCACUUGCAGCACUUGGAGCACCAUUACUCCCAAUUGCCCUCUUCUGGCUGGGAUGGACAUCCAAAGCAUCCAUCCAUCCAGCCGUUCCAAUAAUGUCCGGUUUCUCUUUCGGCAUUGGAUAUAUCCUCAUUUUCAUGGCCAUGAUCAAUUACUUGACCGAUGCUUAUAAGCAAUAUUCUGCUUCAGCACAAGCCGCUGCCAGCACUUUGCGCUCCUGCUUCGCAGUCUGCCUGCCCUUGGCCACGAACUCGCUCUAUGGUAACCUAGGGAUCAACUGGGCCAGCUCUCUUCUGGCGUUCGUGGCCAUUCUGCUGGCCGUGAUUCUAUUUGUCUUCAUCCGAUAUGGACAAUGGAUUCGAAAUCACAGUCCAUUCUCCCAGCGAGUCAUGAAAGGGCAACUUGCGGGAGACAGUCCCGCGGAAGGAGAACCUGUCCUCUAG